AUGUUCUGGCAUCACGCUAUCGCCGGAGCCGCCCUUGUGGGCAUCGUCUCUGCGCAGACGUUCACAAAGUGCGAUCCAACAAAGGAAUCAUGCCCUCCAAACCCGGCUUUUGGUACCGCUCAGCAGUUCAACAUGACCGUUUCACCCUCGUUUGAUUUGUGGGAACAGAUUGAUGGCAAUAUCAAAUACGACAUCAACAAUGGAGCUGCCUUGAACCUUAUCAAACAGGGCGACUCGCCCAAAUUGCGAAGCAAAUUCUACUUCUUCUUCGGACGCACAGAAGUCAUUAUGAAGGCAGCUCCCGGUAACGGCAUUGUGAGCGCCAUCAUGUUGCAGAGCGACGAUAAGGAUGAAAUCGACUGGGAAAUGCUCGGCCCCUACCCCAACCAAGCGACUACCAACUACUUCAGUCGUGGUAUCGAAAACUUUAAAAACGGUGGUAUUUACAACUUCACCAGCGGAACGACGCAGGACGCCUAUCGCAACUACACUACUGUCUGGACUAAGGAGAAGCUUGAAUGGUUCAUUGAUGGAGUCAAUAUCCGUACUCUGAAUGCCAAGGAUGCCAACAAUACGGUCAACUACCCCCAGACACCAAUGUUAAUCAGUAUCGGCGUCUGGGCUGCUGGCGAUCCUCGUAUGCCCAAAGGCACCCGUGAGUGGGCUGGUGGUGACACUGACUACAGCAAGGGCCCAUACACCAUGCACGUCAAGUCUGUUUUCGUCGAAGACUUUACCAAGGGCAGCAAGGAGUACGUUUGGGGUGAUAAAUCUGGUUCCAUGCAAAGCAUCAAGGUUGUCGAAGGCAACUCCACAGCGGUCGAGGCUAUCAAGAAUUCAGGACCCGGCGGCCCCUCAGGAUGGGAAGCUCUGUCUCCUGGAGCCAAGAUGGGUAUCUAUGGCGCAGCUGGUGGUGUUGGCGCUCUUGCUCUCGGCACGCUCAUCUGGUACUACAUCCGCCAACGUCGUAUUGGUGCUGCUGAAGCCAAGAAGGCCGAAGAAGAUGCUGCUCGCGAACGUGAGGAGAUGGCCCAAUUCGAACGCCGCGGUGUCAACCCCGACUCCUUCACUGAGCAUGGCCAAGAAUAUGGACCCCCUGGAACCUCUGGAGGUGAAAGCUUCGACACCGUCGCCCAGGAGAAGCAAGACGCUUGGGCUGCUCACAACGCCAAAAUGGCCGGUGUCGGUGCUGGUGCCGCUGUUGGAGCCGCUGCUCUUAAUGCGUCGCCCAGAUCACCACCCCGUGGCUCUCCUCCUCGUGCUCAAGGCCGCCAGACUGAGAAUGUCAGCCCUGUCCAACAAUUUGAUUUCGGUGUCCCCCCUCCUCCCGCUGCUGCUACCGCUGGUGCCAACAACAACCGCAACGGCCCGUCGUCUCCCGCGCCCUCCUCUCCCGGUCAGAUGCGUCCCCAAGGCCCGCCAAUGGCACAGGGCGGAUACCCCCGUGGGCCGAUGCGAUCCGCUACCACCGAUGGUGGCUAUGGGAGACCAGCUCCCCAAGGCCCUCAGCAAGGCUAUGGCCAACAGAGAAUGCAAAGCCCAGGUCCCAUGUCGCCUCCUCAGCGCUCAGCAUCAGCACAGCCAAUGUACAGCCCGUCACCCGUCCGCCCUGAUGUUGCCUAUAACAUCCAGCGUAUGGCCAGCCCCGGCGCCAUGAGACCAGAUCAGCAGUAUGGAGUGCAGCGAAUGCAAAGCCCUGGACCUCGCGGUGCUCCAGGUGCCAACUACGCUGGUGGCCAGGAACAACCGCCACAGCAGCAGAACCGCUACCAAGGCAACGGCUACUAG